GCAGGUUGUUGUUUCGUUCCUUAGAUGAAUCUACUUGUUUUGUUGCGGAUUUUGAUGGCAUUUAGAGGUCGAGGUCGUGGAAGAGGUUUCGGUGGAAGUGACUACAAGUUUGCAAAGCAAGAGCCUUUCGUACUUUUUCCUGAUAUUGAGCUACCUGAUAGAAACAACGUUCCUGAAGAGAAGAGAUUAGCAGUACUUAAUUAUAGGUUUCGGAAUUACUUUCACAACUCACCCUACAACCUUGACGAAACAUUCUCAGAAGAAGAAACCGUGGACAUUGAGAGGUACUCUGAUAAGGUCAAGGGUAAUAGUAGAUUCGGACGGGAGUCGCUUACAAAUUCUGGUUAUCUAAAACUUGAACCUGGAUAUUUUCCUCUAGAGCUUGUUCAAGGCACAAAAUGCAGGAAGAGGAAGGUGCAAUGGAAUCCAAAAAGAGACCUUCAAAAGCUGGAUUUCUUGGAGGAUCUGGAGAAGCUUCAAAAUAAUGAAGACAAAAAAGGCAAGAAAGAGAAAGAAGGUGAAGAUGACGAACAAGAAGAUGAGGAUGUAGAGGAGGAAGAGGAAGAUGAGGUCGAUAGUGAUGAUGACUAUGGAAAGGGUGAAAACUUUGAUGACGAUGAUGAUGACUACAACGUCGCCAGUGACGGUGAUGGUAAGAAAAUUCAUGUAUCUGUAACUAUAAGCGGCCAUGUAGUAUCGGCUCAGCAUAUGGUUUGUUCUGGGUAUCAAGGACUGCCGACUCCAUUUUUGCAUGGUCAAGAAUCUCUCCUCUUUCUCACAGCUUACUGUUAA